UUAAGUAACAAAAUGACUCUCAAAAUAUGCAGACUAUACAUUCACAGGGAGAGACGCUUAAAGUUGUUGUUUACUGGCCUGUUACUUGGAAUUACAGGAUUUUUGGUUGUAUGGACUUACGUUGGAAGUAAAGAUGUGAAACAACCUCCAACCAGCAUUUUGUUUCAGCACUUUGCCAAACUUUACAACUCCAGAAACAACUUCACAUCUCCUGCUGAUGUUCUGCUAGAAAUCAAUUCUGAAGACUCAAAUUCAAGUUCAAGUUCAUUUUACUCUGAAUUUGGAAUUAGUUCAGAAAGUUACUCCAGUUUACAGCAGAAACUCUUCUGGGCUGGACCAGACAGAUCAAUCACAGAUGUGUCUAUGAGUACAAGUGCAGCUCACUCCACUUUCAUCAUACAGAACCUGAAAGACAGCUACCAAAUAGGGGAGGAGCUUUUUGUUACUAUCCAUGCCAGAGACUUUAACAAUGAAUCUAAACGUUAUGGUGGAGAUUUCUUUAAAGCAAAGCUUUUCUCUUCCGAAAGUCCCCAAAAGGCCAGUGUGUUUGGGGAGGUGGUGGAUUUGCUCAAUGGCUCUUACUCUGUGCGUUUUCUUCUGCCGUGGGUUGGACAGGCACAGGUGGCUGUGCGUCUGAUCCACUCCAGUGAAGGGGUGCAGGUCCUUAAGCAUCACAGAGAAACUGAUUCAGACAGAGUUUACUUUAACGGAUAUUUUGAAGGACCAGGCCCAAAUGGGACCAGGUUGAAAGAAACAGUGAUGUGUAAUGUGAAGUGGGACAAGAAUGGACUGGAGAGGAUGGGGACUGGAGAUUGCUGCUGUGAUUACAAAGAUUCUCGCAGUGGAGAAGAAUGGCGCUGUCAGAGACCCAAAUCCCUGCCAUGCAGCGCUCGUGUCUAUCACUCUAUGGGCGGGUAUAUUAAACGCGUGACGGCCAAAGAAGCAAUGUUUAUGAGUGAAACCAACAAAGACAUCAAUGGACAAAGAACACCAAUCAAGAUUCUUCCUUCCAAUGGAACAAUGCGAAUUGAUGUAACACAGAAAUGUCGUACUGGUUUGCACACACCAGUUCCAGCUGGGUUUUACCUGAAUGAUGUUUGGGAGUCCUUUGUGUGUAGCACCCGUCAUUUUACUACCGAAACAGCAACACAGUGCCUGAAAGACAAACACAUCUACCUGAUGGGAGACUCUACUUUGAGACAGUGGUUUGACUUCUUGCUGAAAGCAGUACCAACUUUAAAGCGGAUGAACCUGCAUGUUCUGUAUGAGGCAGGGCCUCUUCUAGCAGUGGAUGUGGAAAACAACAUUGACUUACACUGGACGGCUCACGGUCUUCCUCUACGCUUUAUGAAAACAGAAGUGACUAAUCUGCACUACAUCUGUAAUCAGAUUGACGAUCUGACUGGAGGACCUCACACUGUUAUUGUAUUUAAUCUGGGGCCACACUUCACAACAUACCCUCUCGAUUACUACACCCGCAGAGUGUUGAGGAUCCGCAAAGCUGUGCUAGAUAUGUUACAACGGGCACCAGACACUACCGUUAUAAUCAAGACUGCAAACACCGGCUAUAAGGAUGUGUUUGGCAGUGACUGGUAUUCUCUGCAGUUGGACAGAAUCCUACGGUGGGCUUUUCAGGAUGUUGGUGUUUAUAUUUUGGAUGUUUGGCAAAUGACAGCCUGUCACUACAACAAAGAGGACAUGCAUCCAGGUCCUGUCAUCAUUAAAAAUGAGAUAGACAUUUUGCUUUCUUUCAUUUGCCCUGAAUGAUUUUGUCAGGAGCAAUUGAGCAAUUUGACAUUUUGGUAAGUUUUUAUGGAAAUGUUGAAAUAUUACAGCAUUGGGCCUAUGGGGUAACAGAAUUGCUGUGAUUUCACUCACUGUCUGAACAAAUGUUAAUAACAUCUAAGAGUUACUCUGCAGGGUGUACUGCUUAUGUACCCAAUAACAGUAUCCUAUAUACACAAUCACACAAUACAUAAUAACCAGACAAACCAUAUUUUUAUGAAAAACAUCUAUUAUAAAAAUAUGCUCAUUUUGUAUUUACAAAACCAGAUAAACUGAAAGAAAACUGAUAUUUACUGUGUUUAGCUGUGUUUACAGAAUGAUAGUAAUCCCAUUUUGUUGUUUAUGAAAACUCCUCUCUUUUGGAAACUGUACUCAUUGGUUGUAUCUGUCAGAGCCGUGAUCAUGUCUUCUGACGCAAACCUUCGGAGCUUCUCCAGAGAUAUAUAAAAGGAAAUAGCAUCAUUAGUGAUGCCAAUAACAGAAAUAUCAGGAGACUGGUAAAAUCCUUUUUCAGACAGUAAUACCUGUUAUGGGGCAAGGUCUGUGUUCUUGAAUGGGUUGGUUUUGUUGGCGUCAUGUCCACAUAAUCAUCAUAUGGACAGACAAAGUUUUUAAUUUCUAUUUUAUAGUUGAGAGGCAUCAUCACAUUCCUCCUCAUCAGUUAAAUCAGAGUCCCAUCUCAAAGUCACUUUUUCCAAAUUUGGAUGAUAUAAAUGACAUCAUAUGCAUUGUAGAUAAGACAGUCCUGUCUGGUAGAAUUCUGAAAUAAAAAACACUGAUUAUUUUCAUGCUUAUUAAUCUUGAUGCAAAUCAAUUUCAAUCACACUUAUACAUUUCAAAUGAUUCACUCAUUCCACAGAAUUCACACAAUACUGUCUGGCAAGCUUAUUGUGCUCUAUUUAUAAUGGUAAUAUCACUUAUACCCCCCACACCACAUUCCAGAACAAUAUCACCUGACUCUCAUGCAGCAAACAGAUAUUUGAGCAAACAAAGCCCAGACAAGUAAACAGGACCAGCUAAGAAUAUUUUAUAAACAAUAAGAUACAGAUAGUUUCAAAUAUUGCCACAUAAAUACUUUCAAAUUCUCAAAUUAUAGAUUUCCUAUAAACGUAUUUAAUAAUCUUAAAACUUAGAUUAAAACUCAAAAAAUGUGGUUUUAAAGAGA